AUGGAUCCCGAUGCGCACCAUUCCGCUUCAUUGUUUCCCUCUAUUGCGGUCGAGAUCGUAGAGCUGAUUACAACGUACGUCGACAACGACGGUUUACUCGACCUCCGCUUGACCUGUCGCGACUUGCAAGAGAAGACAUUUGUGCAAUUCUCACGUCGAUUCUUUUCCUCUAUCAGGACAGACCUGUCCGUAGAUAGUCUGGGUCGAAUCGAAGCACUCUCUCGCCAUCGCGCCCUUUGUCCCCAAGUCCGAGGUCUGGCGUUCAUGCUCCAGAAUGGCGUCGGGGAAGGCUUGAUCUGGGAUCGACACCCUUGGGGACCGCUAUCUGCGCCUCUGGAGAUUCCCGAAAUUGCACGGCUGCGGGACAGUCUGGUUGACCGAUUUACGAAUUGUCGGUCAUUUUUCAUUUUCUGUCGAUAUCCCGAGGGGCAUCCAGACAUGAGUCGCGUGACAGUUUCCGACACUGUAGCGGUAUUUUUUGCUCUGGUUGUGGAUGCUCAGGUCCCAGUCACUUCUUUUCAUCUCGUCUAUGCCAACAAAUACUCCCGCACCCUUGUCAUGGAUAUGCGUCGCAUGCCGAAACUGCUCCAUCGCCAGCCCCAGUUCAAGGCCAUAUGGUCAAAUUUGGAAAAACUGUCCUUGGAGCAGUACCUCACUCUCGACAACUUUGUUUUGCUCCUCGAACUGGUGCUCAACGCUCCGAAUCUUCGAACACUCCUUCUCAACCUGGGCUCGCACGAUCUGGCCAGUGAAUUCAUGCAUGAAAUUUCCGAGCUUGCUGCUUUCCCACACCUUGAGGAGUUGGCGCUGUUCAGAACCGCGGUUCAGGUCCCAGAUCUGAAGAAGAUAUUGCAUGGUCUUCGAGGAAGUUUGACCACCUUGACGCUGUACCACGUCUCGCUCACGCCAGACGAAAACUGGAUCUCCGUACUUGAAGAGCUAAGCUCAAACUUUGAGUCACUGCAAAGCAUCUCGUUAUACUACCUGUGGGCCACGGCUCCGACGAAAGAGUUGCUCUCCUUUCCCGAUAUACAUAAAGCUCCGGAGUUGCGAGAUACACCCAAGGAACAGCUCCAUAUGCUAUAUUCAGAGAGUCUCCAGACGCCGUCUGUCCUGGGCAUCGAGUACUCGGGGUCAAAGAUGCCCCACGUUCUGAGACUUCUUCAGGCUACAACCUGA